GUGCGAGGCUGUCCUGGAGACCCCGCGCUGCCUGCACCUCCAUCGUCUCGGUUGUCAUGGAUGAUGAAGACGGCAGGUGCCUUCUAGAUGUAAUUUGUGACCCAGAAGCUCUCAAUGACUUUCUUCAUGGAUCUGAGACCCAUUUGGACACUGACGACCUUUUGGAUGGUUCGAGUGACCCCUCCAGCUCGUUCUUCUCUGCCACUGGGGGCCAUGUUCCGGAGGUCCAGCCUGCGGUCCAGCUGUCGGCCAGUGAGUCGGCAGGUCUGCCCAGAGUCAGUGUUGACCUGGACUUCCUGGAGGAUGAUGACAUCCUGGGAGGAUCCCCAGGUGGUGAAGGUGGGAGCAAUGGCAUUGGGACAAAUCACGAGCCCUGUGACAUCCUGCAGCAGAGCUUGGCCGAGGCCAACAUCACAGAGCAAAGCUUACAGGAGGCAGAGGCUGAGCUGGACCUGGGCUCCUUUGGAAUUUCAGGCCUUACACAGGUGGUUCAGACGCUGCCUGAUGCCAGCCUCUCCGGGGCUGGAGGCGCAGCUGUUGGUGUAGGCAUCGGCGUUGGGGGAGCAGCAACAAUUUUCCCUGGGUCGGCUCCGAGCACCACUGCUACUCCUCCCAAUGCCACAGCUGACAUGCUGGGCUCAGUGCUCGCUCAGCAGGGCCUUCAGCUCCAACCCCAGGUCAUGAACAAGGCCAUUAGUGUUCAGCCAUUUAUGCAGCCUGUGGGCCUGGGAAAUGUGACGCUUCAACCCAUUUCGAGUCUCCAAGCGCUUUCUAAUGGGAGCCAGUCUGGACAUUUGGGUAUCGGACAGAUUCAGGUUGUGGGUCAGCCUACAGUCAUGACUAUCAAUCAGUCUGGGCAGCCAAUCCUGGCUAAAGCCAUGGGUGGUUACCAGCUACACCAGUCUGGGCCAGAGGUAUCAGGUGCUGGUUCUCAGGCAGGGCUUGGAGGCUCAGGAGGCGGACUUCUGAUCCAAGGUAACAAAGCCACUUUAGGAUCUCCAGCUUUAAAUGGACCGGCUGUUUGUGUCAGCAGCACAAACAGUAGCAGUGGUGGUACAAUGACUGCUCCUGCUGGGCUUGUGGGCUUUGGCAGCACCCAGCUAAGUUCAGGAAUAGGACCCCAGACUCAAACUCAAGGCCAAAUCAUGCAGAACGUGAUCAUCCAGCGCACACCAACACCUAUUCAGCCUAAACCUCCUCAAGGGGGAGCCAUCCAACCGAAACUCUUCAAACAGCAACAGCAGCAGCAGCAGCCACAGCCAGCACCCCAAGCCCUGCAGAACGAUGCCCACAAGGCUCUUGGGCUGCAGCAACUUCCAGUUUCUGCUGCUCAGAAUGUAGCCUUCCUGACAGGAAAGCCAGGCUCCAACGUUGUUCUGAGUACUCAAGCCACAACACAAGGCCCUCAGUUUCAACAAACCCUCUUCAAGCAACAAGCAGCACAACCAUCUGGCAAGCCCCUCAGUGUACACCUGUUAAACCAACCUAGCAGCAUCGUUAUUCCCUCUCAGACUGUUCUGCAAGGUCAGAACCACCAGUUUCUGCUGCCACAGAUACAGCCGGGUGGGCAGAUCCUGACGCAGCACGCUGGGGGCCACAUCAUAACUAGUCAGGGUCCUGGUGGACAGCUCAUAGCAAACCAGAUUUUAACUGCAAACCAGAACAUCAACUUGGGUCAGGUGUUGACCUCACAGGGCCAUCCUGGGCCUGCUCACAUCAUCUCUGGACCCAUUCAGCUCCAGCCUGGUCAGAUGGGCACACCUACCCUCUUUCAGAUGCCUGUCUCACUGGCUCAGAGUCAGAGUCAGACACAGACCCAUACUGUCUCAGGACAUGCCCAAACAGUGAUACAGGGCAUGCCGAUUCAAAACUCCCUGACCAUGCUGAGUCAGGUGGAGGGACUGAGCCCCGCAGUUAGCCUUCAGCCAGCCCUGCAGCCGCAGCCAGGUGGAGUCCCCAGCAGCACAGGAGCAGCAACCAUGGCUCAAGGCCAGCCUGGAGAGUGUGUUACUGUGCUGGGAAGCUCCACAGACCAGGCUGCUCAUCCCACUCAGCAGCUUGUACCGCAGUCCUCUAUCCUGGCCAUGCAACCGGCUUCCUCUGUGUCCACGGCUACCACAGUAUCCUCCUCUUCUCCGUCCAUGUCUGUCUCCACCUCUUCCUCUGUCACAGCUGUGGGGCUGGUCCCCCCUCAGGCUCAGCAAAGUCCAGGAAGGUUACUGUUCACCAACCAGGGCUCCAGCAUGAUCCUCAGCCAGGAGUCUCUGCAGAUGUUCCUGCAACAGGAGCAGCACCACCAAACAGAGAAUGAGUCAACCCCCUCUGUGGGCGUACCGGCAUCUGUAAUCGUCAGCAGCAACAGCAGCACUACUCCGGCCCCUGCUGUCCAUGACAGCCAAUUAACUGACUCUUGGGUGGGUCAGAGCCACAGUCCUUCCCCUGGCCCCUCCCACAUGGCAGCAGUGGUAAAGCAGGUACCCUCCAGUGGACAUCAGCAGCCUCUGAAGAUCCAGGGCAUGUCCCCCUCACCGGCCUUGACCACUCAUGCCGCUGCCCCCACAGUGGCAGAGAGUCCCCAGCCUUCCCAGUCUCCUCUCACUCUGAGCCAGCAGAUCCAGUCACCGCACCACCAACAGCAGUCGCGUCCUCCUUCCCAGCCUCAGCCACAGUCUCAAACUCCCUCUCGCUCGUGCACACCCUCAUCUCACCCUCCACUCUUUAUAGUCCAUAAUCAAAUCGCAGAGUCCCCCCAAUCAGCGCCGCAAGGCCAGGUGCAGCAAACGCCACCCCAGCAGGCACACAUCCAAGUUCAGCUGCAGCCUCGGCCGGCAUCUCAGCCUGCCCCCUUUCAGCAAGACAUGCCUCCUAUGUCACAGUCACCCAAGCCUCCUUCUGCACCACCUGCACAGCACCAGUUCACCGCACCUCCCAUCAGCGCUAGUGCAACUGCUGUCGUGAAAACCCAGGUUCCCAUCCAGGGUUUGACAUCAGAGCAGCAACAUCACCUGCAGCUAGUUGCAGCACAAAUUCAGACUCUGUCAUCCAUCACUCAGCCCUCACCUCAGCAGAAGCAGCUGCUGGAAAAGCUGCACCAGGUCCAGCAGAACAUCAUGCUGCAGGCCAAGCAGUCCACUCAGCCUCAACCUCAAGCCACCAGUCAGUUUAGUUCCCAGCAAGAUGUGCCUGUUGAUAAAGUGGUGAUCGCAUCAUCAGCCAGCACUGGUACAGCCGCUCAGCUUCCCUCAAUGCUGCAGCCGACAUCAGUGCUUGUUAAAACUCCUGCUACAGCAUCAAGUGACUUACAGGUAUUCUCAGGAGCCCAAGGGCCAGCUGGAGCAAUGGUGAAUCAGACUGUCACUCCUGCCAGCCUUACCCAGCCUGCACAGGUUCAGCCAAAGCCAGGAGUGAUCAGCUCAGUUGGAGGGAUGACUCUGGGGAAAGGUGGGAUGCAGAUACAGGUGUUGGGACCUAGUCUGACUCAAAUGCCUGCUCCACAGCCCCCAGCUCCAGUACAAACUCAGACAACAACAAUGAAAAUGCCUUUCAGUGCAGAGCCCAGUAAAGAAGCCAGGAUGCUAGAACAGCUAAGGAAACAUCAGGGUUCAGUGCUUCACCCAAACUACAAUGCUCCUUUCCACUCUUUUGAGGACACGCUGCACAGACUGCUGCCUUACCAUCUCUACCAGGGAACUGCCAACUCUUCUCAAGAUUAUCAAAGAGUGGAUGAUGAAUUUGAGAAGGUCUCCUGCCAGCUGCUGAAAAGGACCCAGGCCAUGCUGGAUAAAUAUCGUUAUCUGCUUUUUACAGAGUCCAAACAGAGACUGGGCCCCUCGGCAGAGAUGGUGAUGAUCGACCGGAUGUUCAUUCAAGAGGAGAAGAUCGCAUUGAGCCAGGACAGGAUUUUGGCCAAGGAGAGACCAGAAGAGUUUGUGGCAAACGUGCGGAUGAUGGAGAGCGUAGUUUCAUCCCAACAGAACUCAUCAUCUGCUGAGUCCACUUCAUCGAGUGGAGCUGUAUCAACUGCUGCUGCUGCUCCAACACCUGCUGCUCCUGCUCCUGCUCCUGCCCCAGCUCCUUUGCCGAAUGUUGCCCCAACCCCUCCACCUGCUCCAGCUCCAGCUCCUCCUCCAGCUCCUGCUCCAGCUCCAGUUCCAGUUCCAGUUCCAGCUCCUCCUGCAGCCCCUUCCCAUUCCCCUUUCCCCCCUACCAAACUGGUCAUAAAGCAGGGUGGAGGUGGUGCGUCCGUAUCCUGGUCCACCAGCUGUCCACCACCUCCACCUGCAGCGAGCAAACCGGUGGCUGAACCCGCCGCCCAGAGCUCCUCCUUCAGUCGUGCACCGGCGGCAGCAUCAUCAUCCUCCUUUUCCUCCUCGUCAGUAAACUCCCAAGCAGCCGAUGAUGAUGACGCUCUCCCCCAGCGAACCAGCAAACCUCCUAUCAAGACCUACGAGGCUCGGAGGAGAAUUGGCUUGAAGCUGAAGAUCAAGCAGGAUCAAACGGGGUUCAGUAAGGUGGUCCACAACACUGCCUUAGACCCAGUGCACACACCUCAACCUCAGUCCAUAUCCCAGCCUCAGACUCAGCCUGAAGCUGCUGCACCGCAUGCAAAGUCCCACCCUUUAUCAACUCCUCCUGCUGCAGUUAGAACUCAGUCCCCCGUUUGCACAGCUUCUUCUGGCCUGUCGAUCACCAUAUCAACCACUCAGUGUAACCCACCGCUGAGAGGUACUGCUCCCCCUGCUGCAGCCCCAUCUUCCGCCACCUCUUCCUCUCACACCUGGUCGUCGUCCACCUCGUCAUCCUCCACUCAAAUGAACGGGACAUUGGAUCACCACAACAUGGGCGGGGCCAAACACAACCCCGCCUCCACUGCCACUUCCUCACAGACCACCUGCCGCCUCCCCCUUAGAAAAACCUACCGGGAAAACAUUAGUCCCCGGGUCAGACCUGGUGUCCCGGGUGGAGGGGACGAAAAUUUGUCGUACCCCAGAACCACACCUUCACCCCCCAGGCACGAGGCCUCAACUCCCCCCUCAGAGCGGACAGUGAUAGCCAGUGUGAAGGUCGAGAAAAGAGACAGGGAGGCCUUACACACUCACACAGAGUCGAGCCACGACGCUGGCCGCUUGGGGAGUGCAAUGCAGGGGCUGGACGAAAUGGAUGAGGUGUUUAAUCGUGGUAUCAAAUCCACGCAGCACCAUCAUCUUCCACAGCUCCUGGACAGGGAAGCAGCGAAGGAGAGAGGAGAAGAGCACACAGACCAAGAGACAGAUGUAAGUAAAUACAAAAGGUUAAGUGGAAAAAACAGACACAGGGCUGGAGGGACAUUCAGAAUGGACCAGCAUGCCCCUGGGCCUCCCUCUCCUGAGUCCUUCACACGAGACUCUUUGCUUCCUGCCAAACGCUGCAAGUCAGACUCCCCUGACAUGGAUAACGCCAGCUUCUCCAGCGGCAGCCCUCCGGACGACUCUCUGAAUGAGCAUCUGCAGUGCGCCAUCGACAGCAUCCUGAACCUGCAGCAGGAGCCCUCAGCCCGCGGGCACCAUAUUAAAGGGGGCAACAGCAGGACCCACCAACACCAAAGUCAGCGCCCAGGGGGCUCGGCAGCCUCAUCCCACAGACCUUCAAUCCCACCCCCCUCCUCAGCUUCUUCGUCCUCCUCCUUGGCCCAGCACCCUCAGGUCGGUGGCCGUGGCCACAAUGGCAGCCUGGUGCCCCAGACUCAAAGUAGAUAACAGCCCCUCAGCCUCAGGCCGGACUGAUGGAGGGAAAAUGACACAGUUUAGGAGGCAGGGGAAGGGGGCACUGUGAAAACAGUAUCACUGUACUACUCUGCCAAGCUGCGUUGGCUUUGUUUGUCCAUUUGAAUUGUCCAGACAUUUCUUUGUCAUUUACAGUCUGAGGUAGCCCCGUGGUGGCAUAAGUGUGGUCAAAGGUAAAACGGUGAAUUGCAGACUUGAAAAUGUCUGGCAUAUUGUAUGUGUUCUGUCAGCCAGGCUUGAGUAGCCAGAUGAAAUUGUCAGAGGCUGUUCUCUAAUUCUGUCAUUCUUUUUCACUUUUGGGCUCUUCUUCUCAUCUAGUAUUUAUACAUUCCUUUCUUGUGGCCUGAGCACCGGUUUCUAUCCACAGCUGUUCAUCUCCUGGUUCACACGGUGUCCUAAUGAGCGUCUGGCAGCUUUAAACAGUUCAAAAGUCAGCUACUGUUACAACAGAAUGGCAAAACAGGAUACAACAGUGUUGUACUGUAAAAGGUCAUAUUGCAUACAGUGUGUUCCUGUACCUACCAUAUUUGAUUAUCUUAUCACUAAGAUAAUGCUGCCCUACAGAUGCAAACAGCACAUGCUAAAAUAAUGCAGUACACGUCUUUAUCAAGAAUAAACUUCUUCAUGUAGUCUGUAAACCCAAGAACUCGGUUAUACUGGUGUCAAGGCAACAAUUGUUGUUCUUCAGUUGGGAAAAUAAGAGUUGUCGCAACCUGAAUUUCAUACAGACAUCUUUUGCAUUUUUGAGUAAACCAUGUUGACAAACUAGUUUGAAAACUUGUUUUCUUUUUGACUACACUUAGAUACUUUAGUAUCACGCACUGUCUCAGUGAAAACAAACUUGUAAUUCAGUUCUUUUCAGCCUCUUAUGUUAGAUUAUUUUCUGGGUUUCUUGUUUUUAAGCCACACAUCAACUGAAACACAAACCUGCCCCCCCGUUCUGCUUCUGAUGCCAGGUUCGGACGUUAUGCAUUUCAGUCAGCAGGGGUCAGGCCAGUUUUAACAUAGUUUCUGUCUGUUUCAGCUCUCUGCUGUGGUAUCCCUGCCUCCCCAUGUGUUUCUUUUUUUUCUAGGCCUGGUGGACAAUUCAAACACAAACACAGCACAAGCAUUGAAAUGGAAAAAAAGGAACAAUAAUAAUGUAAAAAAAAAAAAAAGCAAAGAAAAAAAAGACCGUAAGAGAAUUUGAAGUAUAGUAUUACAGAUUAAUUUUGUAUUGUAUUUAUUGUGUAUAAUGACACUUUUUAAAAAGAAAUGUACAUUUAGUAAAACUGUAAAUUAAACCUUGCUUCUUUUAUGAAACAUA